AUGGCUCCGCUCACCAGAUCGGCAGCGUCUGGUAGUGCUGCAAAUCUGCACUCGCAGCCUGUGUUCAAAGAACCGGAAAUCAUCAGCAUUGAUGAGGAAGAAGAGGAUGAAUCCAUGGGCGAUGAUGAUUCAUACCUGGACAAUGAAGACGAGCAGCUAAUGGACGAGGAGCUGGAUGAUGUUAACGGCCAUGCACUGGCGGAGAAUGGCUCCGCUUUUCCAGUGCUGGAGCCCAGCUUAAAGUCGGUGGUCAGCUUUCCCAACUCGGCGCGAGGUCUCCCAGGCUCCCCGAAGCUGUUCACCGAAUCCGGUGCAGCCCACGAAGCCGUGGAACCCCUUCGCCGAACCGCCGACCGCGUCACGCGUCAAAUUGAAGCUUUUGCUGAGAAACUCGAUCAAUUCAAACGCAAGAACGCUACCGACGAAUUCCAAAGCGUUCAGGCUGCGUACAGGCUUGUUGAAAGCUACCGGGACCUCGCGCAAACCGCCCUUCAAGACUUCAAUAGGCAACAGACUCUCAGACAGGCCAAGACAGGAUUCCGGCUGAGCAGUACUGCCGAUGCUAAGAACGAAGAGGAGCAACGACAAUUGCAAGAUCUGCAGUUGGAGGUCAACACCUGGCGCCUACUGCUCAAUCUCAUCAGUAUCGACGACCCAGCUAGCCGCGCUAGUUUCGUAGAAGGCCAGCAAUCCGCUUUCCAAAACCUACACCGGUAUUCCUCGGAUCGCGAGAUUUGGGAGGAGUUUCUGAACGCCGAUCAGUAUGCGCUGGAGUGUGUGGUGGCUAUGCGGUGGCUAGAAGAGACCGCAAAGGCGCAAUCCGAGGAGAUUGAUAACUUGAUUGCCGACAUGGAGAGCAAGGCGCAAAGAGGACAGGGCUUGUGGGCUCAUGGUUGGCUAUACACUAAAGAGGCCAUCAAGGGCCACAAGCGAUUGCGUGCUUGGCCUCAACCCUUAGAACCGAAUGACCCCGGCAUCUCGCGCUCCUUGUUGACCACCGACGAUCAAAAGCCUUUAAUCACUCAGCUUGACCCCGAUGCGCUUACGCGACAAAAACAUGGUUUGCAACCACAGGACGAAUUUUACGAGCGUGCAACCUGGAUGACCUGCUGGAAGAUGAUCCGCCAAGGCGAUAGUUGGACCACGAUUCGCGAAUGGGCCCAAGGCCGUCUGGAGAAUUGGAGGGCUGUCAGUCUCUGUGGCUCCAGCGUGGACAAGGAAACCGCCAACACUCGGACUCCGGCUGAUGACGGGUUGACGCGUUUGAUGAACAGCCGGACUCACGACUCAUGGCGCGCCGCCUGCUCUGCUUUGGCUCAGGAUCCGAAUACGGAGGAAUUCCAGCGAGCCGUCUACGCCCUUCUAUGUGGUGAAAGUGAGCCUGCAGCUAGGGUCUGCACCACCUGGGACGAUUUUCUCUACGUUUACUUCAACCGUGUAGUCCUCUCUCGUUACCAGGGAUUCUGUCGGCAAUUUCAACGCAAACUGAGUCAUUUUGCGGCUUCCUCUGUUGCUUUCAAACCAGAGCCAGCAGGGCAUUCCGAUUUACAGAAAUUCUUCCAGUACUUGCGGGGCAACGAGCGAACCCGGGUUAGCAGUCAGGCAGCGGCGCCGUUCCGUAUUAUUCAGGCUGCUAUCCUGAGCAAGAGCUAUGACUCUUUCUUCUCAUACUUGGCUCAGGCCGUCUCUCUUGAGUCGAAGAAAUCUACAAAAUCUACCGUUGUGCCAGACAUGAAGGCCUCAUCUGUUGACAAGGCAUACGCUACUGCCGCUGCACAUCACGAGGCAUUGAAGGCGGCAACCCACAUUUACGUUAUUGUCAACUCUAUCAGCUAUGUUCGCGCAGAUACUCAAUUCCUCGAAACUGCGUCAGUUAAUAUUACUGGCUAUAUUGCCGAUUUGCAAGAAAAGGGCCUAUUUGACCUAAUUCCACUUUAUGCGUCUCUCCUGCCGACAAAGAUGUGUCAUGCGGUUCUUUCCAAGAUCAUGGUCGAGAUGAUGAACGAUGAUAGGAUGAAGCAACAGGUGCGCAUUGUGCAGAAACACGGAAUUGAUAUUCAUGCUGUUCUCGACACUCAAUGGGCCUGGCUCAGCGAGUGUGUUUCCUCCAUUGAACGCUCUCCUGCUCUGGCUGGGUAUUCCAGGGUGAGACGGCUCCCUGACGGUUCUCGCGUCCUGAUGCCGCCCAAGAAGGACUUAAUCGGGAUCACUAUUGAAGAUGAGGAUGAAAAGUUGAUCCGCAGUCUAGAAUGGCUUCGCUCUCUUGGCGGCCAGUGGUCUAAGAUCUGUGAUCGUGGAGCUUGGUUAUACCGCAAAUUUUUUGUGGCCGGUAAGCUUGCAGCAGCUCGUGAACUCAGUUCUCGCAUGCGCUUGGCAGAGGUCUCUCACGAAACUUUCAAUGUCGACAUCUUCGAGUUCCCCGAAUUGGAUCCUUCGCCCAUGGAAGACGUGCCCUUGAGCCCCAGCAAGUCCAAGAGGAGCCAUGCCCACCGCCGCAGUUUGUCCGGCAGCAAUGGCACUUUCACUAGUACACACACCAGUGCGUACCAGCAGGCGCUUCGCAUGUGGCACCUUGAAUCACUGGCUCUCGGAUUUGAUGCGCUGGAGCAGUUCGCUAUUGUGUACGAGCAGAUCUCGAAGACCAAGCGUCGCCGAGAUUCAGGCACAGUCAGGGAUUUCCUCGAGGAGCUGGAGAGCUACCUCCAGGAAAUCGAGGAUAGCGUUGGGCUGGUGGUUGAUGAAUGGCUUCCGACCUCGAAAGAUGAUACCGAAGAACGAGACUACGCGCACAUUCGCCGGACCUAUCUUCCCGAGCUGCUCCUUGACUACCACAAUGCCCUGUACUACUCUAGCCACUCGCUGGACAAACCCAGCCUGCUCACCCAAUGCAUGACCACGUCCAUUUGGGUAGCCAACAACGCGCAUCUGACACGGGCUUUCACUGAGGCGCAGCGUAUGACUGAGUUCAUGGACUGCUUGGCCUUGGCCGCCAAGGCGAUGGUGCUCACCGAUCCCAAACAUGACCGUACUUUCGAGAACGGUCAGACCCUUGGUCUCUGGCGGGUCAGUGUUCCCGAGGACGAGGAAGAGGCCCUUCUCCAGAAUCAAAAGUAA